AUGGCUGCUAAUUACUGGACCUCGAGUCAACGCCAGUUCUGGCUCUUCUCACGUGAGAAGCUAGCUGAUGUACGCGAGGCACUGCGCGAACGCGACAAAGCCACUCAUGCGCAGUUCCCGCUGCCAGACCAACGCCUGCUUAAUAUCUACUUCAACCAACAGUUUAUCAAGCUAGGAAAGCGCAUGUCCACCCGACAACAAGCAAUUGCCACAGCCCAAGUCUACCUGAAGCGGUUUUACACCAAGAAUGAGAUCCGUCAUACGAACCCAUAUCUUGUCCUCACAACAGCAUUCUAUCUCGCCUGCAAAAUGGAAGAAUGCCCACAACAUAUCCGUUUUGUAGUAGGCGAGGCUCGUGGCUUAUGGCCGGAGUUCAUCACUCCCGAUGUAGCUAAACUUGGAGAGUGUGAAUUCGCCUUGAUCUCUGAGAUGAGCUCACAGAUGAUUGUGCAUCAUCCCUACCGGACUCUAUCAGAGCUUCAACCUAAGCUGUCGCUUACUUCAGACGAGGUUGCACUAGCUUGGUCAGUGAUCAAUGACCAUUAUCUCACAGAUCUCCCAUUGCUACAUCCACCACAUAUCAUUGCUAUUAUGGCUAUCAUUAUUGCUGUUGUCUUUAAGCCAGCCCACCUGAACAACUUUGGUAACUCGGCACAGUCAGCUUUAGCUGGCUCCAUGCGCGAGGGAGGAGCUUUAGCUGGUACUUUGCGGGAUGGAGGGGGGAUGAGCAUGCUUACAGCACUAUCAGACAAGAGUGGUGGGCCUCGAAUCCAGAAUCUGGUCCAGUGGCUUGCAGAGUCUGAAGUUGACAUCAAAGCUGUGAUUGAGUGCACUCAGGAGGUUCUCUCCUUAUAUGAAGUCUGGGAACAGUAUAGUGAGAAGCAUUGUAAGGAGUUGAUCAGCCGAAUGGUCAAGGGAAAGCCUCAAGGCCCCGUAUAA